CGUGACGCGUCGCCACCGCUUCGUUGAAAUUGAAUCGUUCGACGCGUCUGCGUGCCACAAUCACUGCAACUCAACUUCGAGGCCAUCACACGAUUGCCAGCAUGUCUGCGGACGAUGAACAGAGCGGAUGGCAGCUGACAGAGUCAGACCCAGGGGUGUUCACGGAGCUAUUGAAGACACUAGACGUCCCCCUUGUUGUCGAUGAUUUGUACUCGCUCGACUCCGCGUCUCUCGCCGAGAUGCAACCACUGCAUGCAUUCAUUUUCCUCUUCAAGUGGGUCGGCUCGUCGGCGGAACCAACCGCGGGACAGUACGACCACGACUUCCCAGGAUUCUUCGCUCAUCAGGUAGUCAAUAACGCAUGUGCGACUCUCGCCGUCAUGAAUGCCAUUGGCAAUAUACCCGCGCUUCCUAUGGGGUCUCAGCUCGCCGACCUCAUUAGCUUCACCACGGGCAUGGACCCUCAGACGCGCGGUAUGGCCAUCACAAGCUCGGAUUGGCUGCGAGAGGCGCACAACGCGUUGUCCCCUCCGUCAGCAAUUUCACUCGACGGCCUGGGCCUCCCCAAAACGACGGAGGAUGCAUACCAUUUCAUUGUAUACAUGCCCUACAUGGGCUGCGUAUACGAAUUCGACGGCCUGAAACAGCAUCCAGUAAACCAUGGCCUAUUCUCAGAAAGCGGAGAAGGAUGGGUAGCCAAGGCAAGGGAGGUGAUUGAAGCGCGGAUAGCAACAUAUCCCGCCGGUGCGCUGGAGUUCAGCUUGCUGUCAUUGCACGAGGAUCCCAUUCCUCGACUGCAAGCGCAACUCGCAGAACUUCAAGCCACAGGGAGACAAGCUGAAGCUAGCGAACUGAUUGUCCGACUAUCCACGGAAAACUCAAAACGGGAGCGGUGGAACUUCGAAAAUAGCCUCCGGCGGCACAAUUACGUCGGACUCAUACAUGCCCUUCUUGUGGCGCUCGCGAAGGCAGGAAAGCUGGGGGCCGCAAAAGAAGGCGCCAAAAAGGUCAUGCAGGAGCGUAUCGAACAGCGGAAGGCACGAGGAGAAGCGUCUAUGGAGGAAGAUUGAGGUCCGCGAUGUUGCAUGCUUCACGACAGGGCUUAUCCAGUUUGUGAACUACACUCCCUUACCGAGUGCAAUACAUCUGUCAUCGGGUUGGUUCAAACGGC